AUGGCUAGUACUGUUAGAGGUGGAAGAAGGGCUGGAGUCAGAACAAGCUCACGUGCUCCUAUCGUGGAACAGAUAGUGCCCAAUUCUGGAUGGACAGAGGACUCCACCGGGCAUUAUCUUUUAGUUGAUCUUCCCGGAUUCAAGAAGGAAGAGGUGAAGCUGCAGGUCGAGGGCUCUGGCUAUAUUAUAGUAAGAGGAGAAAGGCAAGUGAACGAAGAGAAACGUGUUCAUUUUGAGCUGAUUUUUCCAGUGCCAAAGGAUUCAGAUACUGAUAAGAUAGCUGGGAAAUUUGAUGGUGAGAUCCUCUACGUGACAAUCACCAAGAGACCUGCACAAGAGAACACCGAAACUGAGGCUGCUAUGGCUGCAAAUGGCAGUGUUAGGAGCCCAGAAGAAAAUUACAAACGUGAGGACCACGGUGCUGAUCAUAAUCAACAAAGAGGUCACAACACACAACACGACCUCCAUAGAGAGGAGGAAAUAAGAAGAAAAGAAGUCACCCACGUGGGGAGUUUUUCUGAAGAGUUGAUAAGGAAGUGGGAAAAAGAACCUACCAUAUUAACAAGUGCGGUGAAAGUUUUAAGACAGAACAAGGGAAUUGUUAUCACUGCAGUUUUAGCCUUUUCCUUGGGGUUGUUAGUUUCUCGCAAGUUUCAAUCCUCAACAGCACCAUAAGUGGAUUUACUUGACCUGCAUUCA